AUGUUGGUGAACGACAGAUUUGAGGUCACAUUCAGCCCUUUGUAUUUUGAUACAGUCUGGCUGUGCAAGCUGCAGAGUGUCUCCGAGCUUCCCCCCACCCCCGCCCCCGACCGCAGGCCGACGGCCGCCCCUUUCCCAGGCCUCCCAGGCGAGGCCCCGCCCACAGGUGGCUUCCCGGGGUUGGGGGGAUGGUGGCGCGUCAGGGUCUCCCGGCGCCGCAGCUUGAGUACCGGCUACCCCGGACGGGGGGCGCCGCCACUGACCUUGGGCGGGCGGCCGAGGGGGCGCGGGGCCGAACCGCCGCAGCUCGCACCCCGCUCCCACCUGUGUCCCCUCCAUGGCGCCGCCGUCCGGGGCCCGACCCUCCCGCCGUGUCUCACCGACGGCUUGAGACGUCGCGGGCUCUCCCUUCGCGCCGCGGGCGCCGUUCCCACGACACCUGAUACCUCCGGGCUCUUCGGGGCUCGGUUCACCUGCGGCCGCGGCGCGCUGAGGGGGGAGCGGGGCGACGGCUAUAAGGCGACCCGCUCCACCCUCCUCGGGUUUCUCGGGCUGGCCAGGAGCUGCGGACCCGGGAGGUGCGAGUGCGUGGGUUCCCGGCUUCCACUCUCUGCUCGCGGGGGUAAAAGAGACAGACUGGAGGUAAAGUGCCUGGAAGCGGUUAGUGAAGAAGCAGAACCUGUGAAUAUGGAGAGCAUGGGUCAUCCAGAAAUUUAUCCUUUAGUGUUGACUAACAAGACCCAGGAGAUAUUUAACUGCAGAAUAGAUGAAGAUAUCACAGAUGAACAACCUUAUAAACUUAUCAAAAAAGAAGAUAUUUUUGCAGACUUUGAAAACAGAGCUGCAGUAUCUGAUUUCUACCCAGUCAAAAAAAUUAUUCAGGAAUAUCCUGGAGACGAGCUUCUCCUUGUUUACGACAAAGACUUCAAAUAUGGACUUAACUUUUAUCUUAUUGGAACUGAAGAGGGCAAGGAAAACUAUUUAAAUCCUCCAGAAGUUCCAGAAGAGCAAGAAGAAUAUAAAGAGCGUAUUCCUGAAGAUAUAUAUAUUUAUAAGCCACCUAUCUCUAAACCAUGGGUUUCUUUGGGCAGUGAAAAAGAAAUUGAGGAAGAAUCGGUUAAAGAAUCCACAAAAGAGAUUACAUAUAUGAUUUCUCGAAAACGAAGUGAAUUUGGUGCCCCAGUUAAGUUCAGUGACCAGAAUGCUUCCAGCGUAAAAGAUGCCUAUAUUGAAUGUACAGCCUACCCAGAUAAAAAUUUUACCCUUAAGCAACUUGAGAGAGAUGUUGGCAUGCAAGUAGUCCCCAAAAUCAAAGACACAAGUACUCAGACGAGAUGGACAUAUCCCAAAAAUGCUACUACACAAUAUUAUCCAAGAGAAUUUUCAGAAGAAGAAAAAGAGGCACUGGGACAAUCAAAGACUUUGACUGAGUUUCUUAACAAUGUGUCUAUAAGUGUUGAAAUAGCCCUGCAGCAAAAUGAAAUCAUGAAUACAUUUAUUAAUGACUGGAAAAGCCUGGCAGAAGAAGAAGGCACCUUUGGGGACAAGACUGAUACCCACCUGAAAGAGUACCAGUCCUUUACUGACCUGCAUAACCUAACAGGGAAGAUGAUCACCUGUGUCUCCUGGCAUCCGAUCAUCUAUGGGCUAAUAGCUGUGUCGGUGGCUGUACGACUCUCCUUUGAAGAGAGGGUCCACUUUUCUGGUAAACUAUUGCUGCAACCAUCACUGAUUCUUUUCUGGAGUUUCUCCGAUCCCAUACAGCCUCAGUUAAUGCUGGAAAGCCCAGAUGACAUCUUCUGCUUCCAGUUCUGUCCAAGUGACCCUAAUAUCAUUGCUGGAGGGUGCAUAAAUGGGCAGAUUGUCAUGUGGGAUAUUACCGCACAUGCAGAUCGAAUAGAAAACAUCAAGGCAGGUGGUAGUAGAAGUAAAAACGUCACACUCAAGCCUAUGUUUCUCCUUGAACCAGAGACUAAUAAAGAAGCAAUGUAUAUCAGACACUGUGCAGUCUCCUCAAUAGAAAAUGGACAUAGGAAAGUUAUUACAGAUAUACAUUGGCUGCCUGACACAUUUGAGAUUAACAGAUUGGGAUCUGUCUUUGAAAAUCGAAGUGGAAUAUCCUGUCAACUUGUCACUUGUUCGGCAGACUGUACAAUAUGUUUUUGGGAUAUCAGACCUCAGAAAGCCUUAACCCCUCAACCACCAACAAAGAAAAACAAAGAAGAAAGUAUUGAAGUUCCUUUUGAUGUACCAUCCACUUUUUUGCAUCUAAAUCUCUCCUGGAAACCUCUUUCUAAGAUAAGGCUGUCUAAAGGUGAAACAACUUUAGACCACUGCCCAACCAGGUUAAGCCUGAGUGAAGACAGUCUUCUUUACAAAGCACAAGACAAAAUGUUAGCCCAAAGCAAAGCAAUGAAAGCAGGAGAAAUGAACCCAUACCAGAAUCUGGAAGGUGGGUUGGGCAAUCAUCUCAAGCCAAUAGAUGACUUCUGCACCAAGUUCUUUGUGGGAACAGAGGAAGGUGAAGUGAUAUACACAGACUGGAAAAUGGAAAGAGACCCUGAAACUGGCCGAGUUAUGACAAAGAAGCCCUUGAGCCUCUACACAGUCCAUGAUGGAGGUGUCCACACGGUUCAGAGAUCACCUUUUUACAAGGACAUUAUCCUCACUGUUGGGGGUUGGAACGUGGCCAUCUGGAAAGAAGGUAUUACGACUGGACCCCUCCUUCAGUCAUCCUGUGCACCAAAAAGGUACACCUCAGGGCACUGGUCCCUGACAAGGCCUGGAGUCUUUUACAUUGGCCGAGAAGAUGGAUACAUUGAUAUCUGGGACCUUCUGGAGAAAACCCACGAACCAGCCCAGUCACAAAACAUCUGUAUAACUAUGAUCACAUACAUCAAACCCUGGACAUUUUCUGCUAAGCAGCAAUUUAUAGCCAUAGCUGAUUAUUAUGGAACAUUGCAUAUAUUGGAAAUUCCUUGGACACUAAGUCGCCCUUCCACCAAUGAGGUAUCAAGUAUAAGCCAUUACUUUGAAAGAGAAGUCAAGCAUCUGGAAUAUGUAGAACAGCGCAAAAAAAUUCGGGAAGAAGAAAAGAAAGAAAUGGAGCUGGAAAUGGAGAAGAAAAAAGUUGAAACGUAUCAGAAGUCAAAAGAACAAUUGGAAACCAAAUUGAAAAUGGACUACGAGAGUUAUUUGGAACUGGAAAAGAACAUCCUCAUCAAUCUUGGUCUAAUCAAAGUGGAAGAGACAACGUCAAACAUGGAAAUGAUAUAG